CGCGUGCGUUCGUUGGCGUCUACUUGUCUCCUGAGAUUUUCCCCGUCUUUCCACUGUUCUUCCUCCUCCUCCCUCGCCGUCCUCACAAUUUGUCUCUUCCCCUAAUUUCUCCCCCCAAUUUCGUCCCUUCUCGGGUCUCGAAUUUGUCGCCCUUCUUCCUCGCGAUCUGUCGCGCUUCAUCGCCAUCGGCGACCUCGCGCGCGCGCCGCCGGCGCUGGGGGGGCGCCGGAAGCCUUUCUCUCGUCGAGAGGCGUCGCGGCCCCCUUCGCCCCCCCCCCCCCUCUCCCGACUCCUCCGCGGCGUGCUGGGCUAGCGCACGUGCAGCGUAGAUCCAUCCGGGUUUGGAUUGAUUUCUUAUUUUUAAAAAAAUCGGUACUUAUUCUUCUUCAGAGCUCAAGAUCAACAUGAGUUGAACCAAAUAAUUUUGGUACUCUAGGUGCGGGCGCAGUUACCUUUUUUUUCCAGAAAUCUAUGUGGUUCAACUGAAUUUUCCAUGCCCUAUGUUAAGUCUGCCGCUGCUCCUCUGGAUAGGAAAAGUUUCCAAUUAGGUUGUACCUGACCAGGUUGGGUAAUUUUUCGGCGGCCAAUAUGGAGCACCUUCCUGUUGAAGUCAUUGGCAACAUUCUUGCACAUCUUAGCGCUGCACGUGAUGUCAUGGUUGCCUCUGGGGUGUGCCGGAAGUGGCGGACGGCAUGCAGGAAGCACCUCCAUUCAUUAUCGUUCAAUUCCGAUGACUUCCCUCGGGACAUGACUACACGCCAGCUGGAGAUUGUCAUCACACAGACUAUAUUUCAGACAAUGGGGCUGCAGUGCCUCUCUAUUCACAUAGAUCGUACCCAUGAGUUCUCGGCAGCACCUGUGAUUGCAUGGCUCAUGUAUACCAGGGAAACACUCCGGAGCUUGUCUUACAAUGUUCGGACAAACCCUAACGUGAACAUCCUGGAGAAAUGUGGGAGGCAGAAAUUGGAGGUGUUGGAUUUAGACCAUAACACAAUCACUGGUGUUGAACCAAGUUAUCAGAGAUUCACCUGUCUGAAAUCCCUUUCUUUAAGGCAUGUGAGCAUUUCAGCCUUGGAUUUGAGCCUUUUAGUGGCUGCUUGCCCAAAGAUAGAGUCACUGGCACUUGAUUUCCUUGAGGUUGUCACUUCAGAUCCACAGUCUACAAUGGAGCUGACUAGCCAUACCUUGAAGAGCCUAUUUGCAAAAUCUGUUGGUGUGGACAAGAUCAUACUUGAUACAGAUAAUCUGGAAGUUCUAAACCUAAAUGCUUUGAACCUUGAUUUGUUUGAGCUCAUUGGGAAGGGUACUCUAAAGCAUCUCAAGAUUGACGAUGUUAGUGUUACUCAUAUGGAUAUUGGGGAGAGCACAGAUCAUCUGGAGGUAGUGGAUGUGAGUAACUUUACUAUAGUCCGGCCAAAGCUGUACAGUAUGAUAUCCAGAGCAUCUAACUUGCGGAUGCUACGAUUUUGGGGUGUUGUGUUUGAUGAUGAGGAUGAGAUUGUGGACUCAGAAACCAUUGCUGUUUCAUUUCCUCUUCUAAGGCAUCUUUCAUUGAGUUAUGAGUUACGAGAUGGGCUACUUCAUUAUAGCCUGCAAGGAUCGUCACCACUGGAUAAUGUUUCAGUCUUGGAACUUGGUUGGACAGUUAUAAGUGAGCAUUUUGGACCCUGGGUUUUUGGAAUGAUCGAGAGGUGCCCAAAUCUCAAGAAACUUGUCAUUCAUGGUGUUCUUUCUGAGGCAAAAACACGCGAAGAGCGCCAGAUGCUAGCAAGCUUUACUUCAUUUAUAGUCUGCCUCAUGAGGAAGUAUGUGCAUGUUGAUGUACAAUUUGAGUACGAGUGAUCAUUGUCCAAGUUGGGUGGGCAUUCUUGCCCUAGCUCAUUCGAGACAUACCAUCAGGCAUCUUGCAGAUUUGCUUCUCAUCCAACUUCACGAAGGCCUGUGGUUUGUUACUGUCAGCUGCAUGUACUUGAUCAAGAAAGUUUGAGUUGACAUGUCCACAGAAUAAAAAGCGCAUGCAUUUGCCAAUACAUUAUAGCACAAGUCGCGCACCCUUCUCUGGAAACCAUCGUCCUCUCUGUUAGUGAAACACCUCCAACUGAAAUGGAAUGCUUAAGGUGACAUUUAUUUGGCACAUGCCCAUGAAUAUAAUGCCCUCAUCUUUUGGUCUGUUCAUGAGAGAAAUUUUGGGUGGGAAUUCUCUUUACAUACUGUAAGUGUGAAUGGAAGAUUUAUAAAUUGUAAGUUGACUUCAUGCCCACAGAAAACGUGAAUUCUCUUAGGAAAAUGGUUAUUCCCCUGAAACUUUACGCCUUGAAAUUCCUCGCGCCGAGUGAUUCUAUUAUAUUGAUAUUUGCUCUUA